GCGCCGUAUUUGGUGUGUAACUCUCUGUGCAAUCAGUGCUACCCAAUCUCUGAGGAAUUUUAAAAAUUUCCGGCCAGAAGAAAAAAUUAACGCAACCUGAGUUGACGAUCCCUGCCCUCAUUGAGUGCUAUAUCUGUGUUGUUAUCAGUUUGCGUGUAAAUUUGUCUUUUCAUUUUUGUUACCAUUUUGGCCAAAACUACUUAGAAUAGAGGCAAAUUCUUUCCCAACGCAUCAACGGCAGCACGUUCACGGCAAACGACAACGAGAUCCAGUUGAGUCAGCUUUCGGUGUGUCAUUUCAUUGUUCCACAUAUUAUUUAAAUAUACACCUAUUACGACGUCGACGAAGUACAGGGGGAACCGAAAAAUUAUUUUUAAUUGACAAGAAUUUCGAGAGAGAGUGUACGGAAGAAGAACUGGUUCCAGGUUAUUUUUAAUAUUCAAAAAAAAUAAAAAUAUAAAUACUUUACGCAUUUCGUCAAGUGACGGCGACGACGAGAGAGUGAAAAAAGUGAAUCUGCUACGUAUACAAAUCACAAUUCGUCGUAAAAAUUAUUUAUUUUUGAGAAAAUAUCGUUCAUUGUACCUGCAACUGCGGUGGUGUGAAUAACGAAACGCAGAAGACAGCGACGAAAACAAGACGAUGUCGAUUAAUCUGAAAAGUGUGUACGCCUUCGCGAAAGAAGUGCAUCAGAAGAAAAGCGACAAAGUGAUACAGUAUGGCACGGCUGGUUUCCGUACGUCCUACGAGGAUUUGGAUCACGUCAUGUACCGAAUGGGUCUGCUCGCCGUGUUGCGAUCGCGUGCCAAGGCUGGUCAAAUAAUUGGGGUCAUGAUCACGGCAUCGCACAAUCCCGAAGUGGACAAUGGCGUGAAGCUCGUGGAUCCCGCUGGCGAAAUGCUGGAACAAAGUUGGGAGCAAAUUGCCACAAAGCUCGCAAAUGUGCCCGAUAAUGACUUGCAGAGCGAAGUGGAGACAAUAAUUCGCGAACAAAACAUCGACAUGACGGUCAAAGCACCCGUUUACGUGGGCAUGGACACCCGUUUUCACAGUCCGAUGUUGGCAAAAGCCGUCAUGAAUGGCAUUAUGACGUUGCGUGGCACCCCAACGGACUUUGGGAUCGUUACCACACCGAUGUUGCACUAUUUUGUCGUUUGUGGCAACACAAGUGGCGCCUAUGGACAACCCACGGAGGAGGGAUAUUACAACAAAUUGAUCAAUUCGUUCAAGAAUCUCCGUGGAAGUGUCUUUGAAAAUGGAGCGUACCGCAAAAAGGUGUUGUUCGAUGGCGCGAAUGGUGUCGGAGCUCUCAAAAUGUUGUCGUUUGCACGUAAAUUGGAGCCCUGUUUGGAAGUAGAAGUGCUCAACAAGAACGGAAAGAUUAAUUUCAACUGCGGCGCGGAUUUUGUAAAAGUUCAGCAAAAGUUCCCGUUGUCCUUCGAAGAUGUCAAUCCCAAUGUUCGAUGCGUGUCUGUCGAUGGCGAUGCCGAUCGCGUUGUUUACUUCUACAAAAAUGACGCCGGAGACUUUGUGUUGCUCGAUGGGGACCGAAUUGCCACUUUGCUCGCUAGUUACCUCAUAGAUCUCAUUCGCAAAAUUGGGAUAAAUUUGAAAUUGGGGAUCGUGCAGACUGCUUACGCGAACGGAGCCUCCACGGAUUACAUUGUAAAGGAAUUGAAAGUACCUGUUGCAUGCGUGCCAACUGGAGUGAAGCAUUUGCAUCACAAAGCAUUAGAGUACGACAUCGGCUGUUACUUCGAGGCGAACGGCCAUGGAACGAUAAUUUUUAGUACGCCCGCCAAAACUGCCAUCUUAAAUGCUUCCGAGGACGACAGUCUCUCCGAGGAAUCUCGUACCGCUGCCAAGAAACUUCUCUCAACGAUCAACUUGAUCAACGAAACUGUGGGUGAUGCCAUUUCCGACAUGUUACUUGUCGAAACUGUACUCCAUGCCUCCGGGUGGGACCUUAGCGAAUGGCAUGGACAGUAUGAGGAUUUGCCAAAUUUGCAAUUGAAAGUGAAAGUGCAAGAUCGCAACGUGAUUACCACAACGGACGCUGAACGCAAAUGCGUGACACCAGCUGGCCUACAAGCGGAAAUUGAUACCCUUGUCGCUCAAUAUCCACGUGGACGAGCCUUUGUUCGGCCCUCGGGCACGGAAGAUGUCGUCCGUGUCUAUGCCGAAGCUGCAUCCCGCCAAGAUAUGAUAAAACUGGCGUACGACGUUGCCAAGGUGACCUACAAGUUGGCAGGCGGCGUCGGCGACGAACCACAAACACCCAAAUUGUAAAAGUCUUUUUCGCAAAAUAUAAUAAGAAAAACGCUCAAAAAUGCAUAAAGAAAUAGUAAAUACACUGCCAUCACACGUACUACGACUAUGCAGGGCUAAAUAACAUUUUCAUCAUUCCCUUUUAUUACAUGUAUGUUUAUUACGGUGAUGUACGUAUGAUUGAAGGAGAAAAAAAAAUUAAUAUUUUUGACAAAGGAAAGGAAUUGAGGAAUGAAGAAUUUUUUUUAUUAUUAUUAGAUAAAAGACAAAUAUUUAUAUAUCAAUCUAAAAAUUUUUAUGGCAAAUUAGCCCAUCGUUAAAAAAAUGCUUUCAUUAGUUAAAUUUUAAGGUAGUUCCUAAAGAGAACCUAAGAACGACUCGUUGAGGAAGUAGUACAUGAACUCUCUUAGCUUUUUAUGUCAUUUACGUUUGGAGAUUGUUUUGAAAUACUAACAAAAAAGCCUUACUAGAAAACAUUUUUUUGCUAUUCGAAAUUUUUUUAGUGUUGUAGAAAUAAGUUAACGCCACUAACGACGAAAUAUACUCGAAAAUUAGUUAAUACGCGAGAAAAUGAGAGUUUAUGCAUGCAUUUAACUUCCUCACGACGUCAGCUUGAUUGAAAGAAUUUGGCAGAAACAGAGAUUAUUUUUAUUGAGGUCGCUUUAAAUUUAUUUCAAAAAUUUUUUUCUCAAAAAAUUAAAAAAAUAAAUCUUCUUCAAUUUUAAAAAGUAGAGUUUUAAGAAUUUUUAAUCUUUUAUCAAUAAUUUUGUCAUUUUUUUAAAU